AUGGCACCUGUUAACAACACACUGUGUCCUUUAUUUCUUGCCAACAGCUUUUUGAACUCUACAUUGCCAUCUGUGCCAGAGUUCGAUAUAUUGCCGUCCUGUGCAGGUUUGCCGCAAGGGUGUGCAUGCGGGGUUUCUGACGAUUCCAAGGCGAAAGACAUAUAUGGCACUUUGAAUUUACUUACUGAAGAUGUUAUACUCAGUGCAAAACAGGAGAUCACCGAAGGAGUCUCCAUCUCUUUAAGGUCAAAUUUAGACGGAUUCAAGAGCUCGAAUACAAACCGAAAACAUCUGAACAAUACGUUCGUAAGUUUGAAAGAUGAUGGCCUUGGUUCAUUUGGCUGGGAUAAGGAAAUCAGCUUCAAUACUCAGAUUAGCAGUCACUGGGACAGCUUUUGUCAUUAUCCACACCAGGGAACUGGUAUCGCAUACAAUAGCGCCUCAUGUACACGGGAGCAGCUUGAGGGUACCACAACGAAUUCUACCAAACCUCCAACUCUCGACCAAUGGCAAUUGAGAGGGGGGGUUGUCGGCCGUGGAGUUUUGCUUGACUACGCCAAAUAUGUGGAGUCCGAAGGUAUUCAAGUAUCCCCAUUCACAUACCACAGUAUCACAGCACAGAUACUUGAAGAAGUUGCAGACUUCCAAGGUACAGAACUUCGUGCUGGAGAUAUACUUGUCGUAAGGACCGGAUACGUCGGCGCGCUCCCCAAACUGAACGAAACGGAGCAACGUAAUGCCACGAGGAGCGCGGGAAGUAUAGGACUAGAGCCCAGUUGCGAUAUGGCUCGUUGGAUCUGGAAUCAUCAGUUUGCUGCAGUUGCUGGUGAUAGCCCAGCUGUCGAGGCGUUUAAUGCAAAUCUUUCUUCUGAGUACUGGGAACUCGACAAGCUGUCGGCACAUUGCCACAAAUCUGGGAAAUAUUCCUUCUUCCUGACCUCAAUUCCUUUCAAUGUUCCAAACAUGAUUGCCGGUCCUCCAAAUGCAUUGGCUAUACUGUAA